UGUGUGGAAGGUGGGAUGGUCCCUCCGCAGAAACGGCUGAACGGAAAGUUUCCUGGAAAGGAGGGGACAGUCUGCUCUCUAGAAGUCAACCAUUACAAGUUCAAGAAUGAGAAAGGAAUUAAGGACAUAUAUAUGUACACCAUAACAAUCAAAGCGCCUUGGAAGCGCCCUUACUCUAAGCGAGACACUGAACUUUAUAGAGAGAUUUUCCAGAAAUGGGUUUCUCUGUGCCCUCAAACCAAGGUGUUUAUCCCGAAAGGAUCCGAUUUCUCUCCUUGUUUUGCCUUUAAUGGAAACAAUGUGUUCUACAGCACAAAGCUUAUUAAGGAGACUAUAAGGGAUAUUAUGGAUAUUCCUAUGACCCAGGAGGGCAGGGAGUUUAACUUCCACGUCACCGACGUCAGUCAUGUUCAAACCAUCAAGGUGUCUGAGGAACUACAGAAGUUCAUGCAAAAGGGUCGACAAGGUUUCUAUAAUAAUGAUGCUGGACAUCCUCAGGAUGUUCUUAAUGCCGUUGAUGUCAUUCUACAGCAGAUGGUUCGCAGGGACAAAAUGUACAAGACUGUUGGACGCAGCUUCUUCCACAAUUAUGGAGAAAUCUUAGAUGUCGGUUUUGGGAAAGAGGUCUGGAUUGGUACUUUCACUAGCGUUCGUCCUUUCGGCUGGAAGCAAGCAGGAUACCUAAUGACGUUAAAUGUUGAUGUAGCCAACAAACCUGCAACUCUAAAUCUUCAUAUGACGAAUGAUAUCCAAGUUCAGGGGAGAACUGUCUACUCCUAUAUUCAGGAAGUAUUGUACCAGAGAAACCGCCGUCAGCCCCUGGACUUUAAGCGGGGACUGGAGAGAAGGGACCUCGAGGAGUUCGAGAGGGAUAUCAAGGGACUCAAGGUUCGUUACGAGCUUCCCAACGGGAACAAGAGGUGCUACAAGGUGAACAAGGUGAUGGAAUGCGCCAAAAAGCUAAUGAUUCCUGAUCUGAAUGAAACUGUGGAACAGUACUUUAAGAGGGAGCACAAGACAUCCCUGCGGUACCCCAUGAUGCCCUGUCUGCAUCUCGGUAGCAUCAACAAGACUAUCUACAUUCCAGUAGAGUUCUGCACUAUGGAGAGCCAGCCUCUUCCUAGGGGCAAGAAACUAAAUGACGACGCUGUAUCGACAAUGAUCAAGGGAACAGCGACCAGGCCGGAGGAAAGACGACGGAAGAUAAUUGAAGGGCUCCAACGCAACAACAAUAUGUAUAAAAACAAUCCCUUUACCACGGAGUUCGGAAUCUGUUUCGAGGAUAACCUCGCCCAGAUUAAAGGAAGGGUGCUGGCCCCGCCAUCUAUUGGUUACCAAGGGCCGAAGAAAGACGAAGUGACAAUAGUGAAGAUCCCUCCUAACAAUCCAGGCUCAUGGAGACCAACGGCGAACAGGAAUCUGUACGUGAACGGUAUGGAAGUACGAGGAUGGGCUCUCAUGGAUCUUGCAAGGCUUACAGAUCAUGAAUACAACGAGAUUGUCAGUAAGUUCGAGACAAUCGGAAAAGAGGUUGGUAUUAAAAUAUCAUCGAACUCUGCAAAUCUUUGGCACCAGAAGACUGAAGAGAGAACCUUUCAGGCUGAUUUCGAAUAUGUAGUUUCUACAUACAAGAAGGAUCAAAUACCCUUGGACCUCGUUAUGGUUAUCUUCCCCUUUAAGGGUGGGAUAAUCUAUGACACUGUGAAAACACUCGGAGAUAUAACCCACAAGGUUCCAACUCAGUGUGCUCUAAAGAGAACACUCUUCGGUCCUGAUGGGAGGAUUAAACCCCAGGUUGUCUCCAACAUCUGCUUAAAGAUCAACAGUAAGCUAGGUGGAGUAAAUCAUGUGUUGGCUCCAGUAUCUAGACCUGACAUCUUCAAGAAACCUGUUAUGAUCAUGGGUGCAGACGUUAGCCAUGCUGCUCCAGAGAGCAAGGGAACUAAGCCCUCCAUAGCUGCUAUUGUUGGAAGUAUGAAUCCUACAGGAUCUAAGUAUGAAUGUGAAAUCCGGAUUCAGAGCAGGGAGAAAAAUGAAGAGAUUAUACAGGAUAUGGAGGGAGUAACUACAUCUCUUCUCAAGAAGUUCUUCCAAAUGACUAAAUACAAGCCGGCGGAGAUUAUUAUGUUCAGGGACGGAGUGAGCGAGGGACAGUUCCUUCAAGUUCUGGCUUUUGAACUGAAGGCAAUGCGAGCUGCUUGCUCAAAACUAGAUCCUGAGUACAAGCCGGCGAUAACUUAUCUAGUCGUUCAGAAGCGUCACCAUACAAGAUUCUUCUCAACUGAUGGCAACAAAUAUCAGAAGAGCGGUAAUGUAUUGGCUGGGACUGUCAUUGAUCAAGGAAUCAAUCAUCCGACCGAGGGUGACUUCUAUCUAGUUUCCCAUGAAGGGAUCCAGGGAACAUCAAGACCUACUCACUACCAGGUAUUGUGGGAUGAUGCUGACCGUACUGCUGAUGAGCUGGAGAAGUUGACCUACUAUCUGUGUCAUCUCUACAGUAGGUGUACUAGGUCCGUCUCCUACCCUUCUCCCACCUACUACAGCCAUCUUGCUGCGGAUAGAGCAAGGAAGCAUCACAACGACAUGGUGGAGAAACGGGUCCCAAACGUCAAGGAGGUCAUUGAACGUGGGGAUGUCAAGAUCAUGUAUUUUGUAUAAAAUUUUGAUCCUCCCAAUUUAGUGAUGUGUCAGUUCGGAAUAUUAAAUAAUCCCCUUCUACUUCUUUUCCGAAUUAUUACUCCGUAUAAUUAUCACUUUGUUGAUCACGUGUAUUUGUUGAAAACUAUUUUUUAGGAUUAAGCAACACAUUUGUAUUUUUGUCAUCACCAUUUAUCUAUCGCUUGUUUUUUAUGAAAAUGAUCUCGUUUCUCAGGAAGUACAAAAUUUACUGUUUUUCUGAUGAGGCGGAUUUUUCGGUGUUUGGGCAAUAUGCUAUGUAAUGUAAUCUUGUAAAAACAAAAAUCUGUGUUCAUUACGCAAAAUUGAUAUAAUAUUCUAUUUUUUUUGUAAUUUUAGCCAAA